AUGGCGGACAAGGACUAUGAUAUCGUGGAGAUACGGGCUGAAGCGGCUGUUGCAGUGGCCAGUACAUUGGUCGAGAGUGUGCAAGUGGAACGCAAGCAGAAUGCGAACAAGGUCUUCAAGCAUCCCCCUCCGCCUCCUUUCAUUCGAGCUGUUCUUCUAAUUCAGGCCUGGGUAAGGCGGCGGGCCUUUCUGCGCAGCUUCGGUGGGUUGGGUUCUGGAGACAAUGUGGACGAGGAGAUCUUGGAGCUGGCGCCCGCUCGUCCGCUGAUGGCCGUGGCACUGAACUUUGUUCGCCGCCUGAAGAGCUACAGGUGGGUCAACAUAGAGAGGGAGGCCACUUUGGUGGCCGGGCUGGUUGACGGACAGGCAGCAAACAUCACUAUGCGAGACGUCUCUGCAGUCGUGAAUUAUUACCAGGACAAGGUGCCUUCGGACCACCUGUCGUUGAAUGUUCUGCAGGAGGCGCUCGCCCGGCAGGUCAUUGUUGCGAAGGAGGCUUUCGGCAGGAGCGGGCGUCCACGCUCACCACUCCGGCGGCCAUUGUGGAAGCGAUGGAGCAGGUCAUUGUCGAGUUUCAGGUUCCUCCGGAGCGGGAAGAUCGAGUCCUAG